AUGACAGAAUUUGAGGCAGAAUUGAAAAGUAUAGAAAGCAAGAAGAAUUUUGCCGUAACAUGCAAAAAUAACAGUGAGCAACAACUGGUCGGAAAUCAGUCGAACGAUUCACCAAAACCAGGCGAUCCUAUCUCAAGCGAUACGCCAACCAUGAACGAAGAAACGCUUGAAAACGAAGAAGAAAGUAAAGGAGAGACUAACAUUGAGUCCAGGAAGAUGGCAGUACCAAUGAUUGAAUUAAAUUCGGGUUAUGAUAUGCCCAUGGUGGGUUUAGGAACAUGGCAGAUCGAACCGCAAGAUGUUGGAAAAGCAGUCGAAUCAGCGAUCAAAGACGGCUAUAAGCACAUCGACUGUGCAUGGAUGUAUAAAAAUCAGGACGCGAUCGGAAAAACAUUGAAAAAAUUAUUCUCUUCGGCUCAAGGUAAAAGCGAUAGAGACCUAUUUAUUACCUCCAAAGUAUGGAAUUCAUUCCAUUCGGCCGAGGCUUGCAAGAAACAUGUUCUCGAAAUCCUGGACCAAUUACAACUGGACUACGUCGAUUUGAUGCUGAUCCAUUGGCCAAUGGGAUACGCAGAAGGAGAAGAACCAAUACCGAAGGAUGAGGGAUCCGAUAAAGUCAAAUUCUCCGAGGAAGACUACCUGACCACUUAUAAAGUUUUAGAAGAUUAUGUGAAAGAAGGAAAGAUUCGGUCCAUCGGAAUUUCCAAUUUCAAUGUCCAACAAUUAGAGCGAUUACUGGCCAACUGCAGAAUCAAACCAGCAGCAUUACAAGUAGAACUUCAUCCCUUCCUUCCACAGAAAGAAUUGCGAGCUUAUUGCAAGGAGAAAGGAAUAACUUUAAUUGCGUAUAGUUCUCUCGCCAAUCCUGGUUCAAAUGAAUUCCGAGAAGAGGGAGACCCAAAUGUUCUCAAAGAUCCCGUGGUCAACAAUAUAGCUAAAGCGCAUGGUAAAACCCCAGCACAAGUGGUACUACGAUGGGCGACACAGCAAGGAAUACUCAUUAUACCAAAAUCGGUUUCAGAAGAAAGAAUCUCACAAAACGCUGACCUAUUUGACUUCACGUUGACGGACGAUGAGAUGAAGGAACUGGAUGGCCUUGAAUGUGGAUAUAGAGUUGUUAAACUCAGCGAAAGCGAGCGCAAACAUCCACAAUGUCCAUUCAACGAAGGAUAA